UUCUACUCUGAAGUUAGUUUCUGAUAAACAUUUGAGCUGUACCUUACCUUACUUUUUUUUUUCAAAGAAACGGAAACAGCCAUUUCCUUUUCUGCACUCCUUCACAGCAGCAUCAGAUAACAGAAUAUCUGACUCCUCAUAAGUAGAUGGACAUCAUGCUCCUCUUGAAGCAAGAAGCUUUGCUCUUUAUCCAGCUGGUAAAUAUCUGGAGUGUCUCAACAGCACACCACUAUGACGUGUUGGUGUCCAGAGGAAGCUCAGUCAUGCUCACUUGCAAUAUAUCUAACGAAAAUACAACAAUGAUCAAAUGGACUAAAGACAGAUGGUAUUUUGCAUACUCCUACAGUAAUCGAACUUUUUCAAAUUUCUCCUCUCACAGACUGAGAAUAGACAUAAACAUACCUUCUACGCUCAGUAUUGAUAAUGCUCAGCAUGAUGAUGCAGGACUUUAUUCUUGUCAUAUAACUGAGAUAAAUGGCUUUUACUCCAUGACAUGGUCUGUAACAGUUCUUGAAAAUCAAAACGGUCCAUCACAGUAUAUUACAUUUAUAUUUCCAUUUGCCAUUGGAUUAUUUUUAUGUUUCAUGACUACAGCUCUCUGCCUCUGCAGCAGGAGGAACGUAUCUGGAAACCAAACCCAGGACAGCAGAACACUUACUUGGGUUCAAUACAACAUUGUGGAUGGAGUAAAGGCAGUUCCUUCACCAUUCCAAACUACAGCAAUAUGGAGGAGAACUGACAAGCAGGACGUGGAGGCAGGACUGAUGACCAGAGGAACAAUGGGUGACUGAAAAGGCCUUCUGUCUGAGACAUCAUGGCAAGCUUGACAUGGUUUUGAAACCCACAAGAUACCAGAACCCUUGAAAUAAAAACACAGAGCCUUCAAAACCCAAACAGAGCCGAUGUCAAAGAGGAAGACUCUGCAGAAGACGUUGGGAGGUCCUGAGACUACACAGCAUAUGAUUUGAACUGUUUAAAGGGACAGAAGGAAUAUUAUGUCUGAGUGGUGGUCUCUGUCAUAUUUACCUUUAUUGAACUUAUUAUUGGUCCCCUGGUUCUCAGUAUCAUCAGCAGCUGCAUAACUUCUAGCAUGGUGCCACAACACUCUAAACAUGUUACUCUGAAACCUUUGCUGAGAAACACCUGGAUGAAACUGAAAGGUAUUGUAGAAUUUUUAUGCCUGUGUCCAAGUUUCCUUUGUCUUUCUAAGGUAAGUCAGGAGCAUGGAGGAGCAGGAAAUUCAAGAUAAAUUUCUGUGUGGAGUUAAAUCCCUCUAUAGCACAGAAUGUACUGUACUGAGAGAUUUUUUUUUAAAUGAAAUUCUUUUAGUUUCUGACCCUGGUGACACUACACUCAGUUUUAUUGGAUUUUCCAGCAGCCUUGUGUUCUGUCGAUCAUGACUUCCUCAACUCGAGCCUGAAGCAGUCGGUGUGCAUCUCAUCAGUUUCUGACAAACUGUGUCAGUUUCUGUGGU